GGGGCCGUGGCUGUGGCUUGGGCGGCUGUAGCGGUGGCUCCUGUUGUGAGACCAAUUCUUGCUUGGACUGAGUUGAAAACAGCUCCUGGGUUUUCAGCAUGGAAGACACUUACAUCGACUCUCUGGACCCCGAAAAGCUAUUGCAAUGCCCAUAUGAUAAAAAUCACCAGAUCAGGGCCUGCAGGUUUCCUUACCAUCUCAUCAAGUGCAGAAAGAAUCAUCCUGAUGUUGCAAACAAAUUGGCCACUUGUCCCUUCAAUGCUCGCCAUCAGGUUCCUCGGGCUGAAAUCAGUCAUCAUAUCUCAAGCUGUGAUGAUAAGAGUUGUAUUGAACAGGAUGUGGUCAACCAGACCAGGAACCUUAAACAGGAAACUCUAGCAGAAAGCACAUGGCAGUGCCCUCCUUGUGAUGAAGACUGGGAUAAAGAUUUGUGGGAACAAACUAGCACACCAUUUGUCUGGGGCACAGCCAACUUCUGUGGCAACAACAGUCCAGCAAACAACAUAGUUAUGGAACAUAAGAGUAACCUGGCUUCUGGCAUGAGAGUUCCCAAGUCUUUACCAUAUGUUCUGCCAUGGAAAAACAAUGGGAAUGCACAGUAACUGAACAUCUUAAAUGCCAGCCAGAUCCUAGAAGACUCUUACUCCUGAUUCCUCCUACCCAAAUAUUCUUCAUUUUGUGCUCCUUAUCUAAUAAAAC